CAGCCGCAAAAGCGAAGAAGAAGAAUUCCGGAAGUCCUUCUGUUGUCUACUUCCGUAGCCCUCGUGAGCAGCAGCCGGUCAUUCGAAGCUGCUUUUCUCCAGAAUAGUCCUCGUACUCCAAUCUCUGCCCCCGGAAGGCGACAUGUCUCGGUCCCAGAAGCUGCGUCUGUUCGUCACUCAGCGCCUGAACGCGGCGGUCGAGGAGAUUUUGGCGGCUUUUGAGGAAACCAUCGUGAAGUACGAAGAGGAAGCCGCUCUCAGCCAGCAGGAGAUCUCCCGCCAACACGCGCUGCUCUGCGCCCUGGACAAGUCCGUGAUGGAGGCACCGGCCGCAGCUACCCUGCAGGUGUUUGAAGUAAAGACUCCAGCGAAUCAUCAGAUUAAGAGCUCUGGACUGGACCAGGAGGACAAGCUUUGUAAAGAUAAGAAAAACAAUCUGCAUUCUCCUCAAAGACUAACUGAAACAAAUGAUUUUAAAAAUGCAAGUGAAGAAGAUAUGGAGGACAUUAAAAACUGCGACUGCGCACCGCUGAGUUUAACUAGACAAAUUAAAGAGGCGAGUGAUUCGGAAAGUCAUUCUGACACAAAAGGGCUUAGCUGCUUUUUCUGUGCAGCAGAAUUCACAACAGGAGGUCUGCUGACGAUGCACACCUCAGAUCAUAUAGGUGAGAAGCUGCUGACCUGCAUUAUAUGCAAGAAAACCGUCACUUCAGAGUCGGAGCUUGUUAAUCAUGAGUGCGACUCUCUUGAGCCUCCUGAUGAACAAACUGAGGAACAGAUUCCAACCAACAAGCUGCUCUGCGGCUCUCAGAGUGGUGACGGAUUCUCCACAAACGAACACGUCGACCUGCACCUUUCCAGAGGAAAACUGUUCAGUUGUUCGGUCUGUAACACCAGCUGCAGCGACAAAGACUCGCUGAUUCAGCACAUGAGGCUCCACAUCGGACAAACCCAGUUUACCUGCGAGAUCUGUAGGAAGAACUUCGCCUGGAGGAGGCACCUCACCAAACACAUGGAGAUGCACGAGAAAAGGAAUAAGCCGUUCUGGUGCAAAGUGUGUGACGCUGAGUUUGGUACCUAUAUUCGGCUGAUUAAACACAAGGCUAUUCAUAAAACAUCAGAGCUUCCUCAGGUACAGACCGAGGAGGCGGCUGAGGGUGAUGACGCUGGCACAAGAGAACCGGUGAACACAGAUUCUGAUCUGCAAACAGAGACCAACAUGGAGGUUUCAGCAUCUUUUAAAGCUGAAAAUGACUUGUGGACAGACUCAAGCCAACUUCUGCCAAAUUUCAACCUCAAUGGACCCAACAACGUCUCUGAGACUGACAGGAUCACAAAGAUACAGAAGAAGGUGGAGGAAGAGGAUUUGCGGCCUCUGCAGAUUAAAGAAGAAGAAGAGAAGACGGAGAUUGGCAGGUUAACUUUCAGUCCUGUGCCGAUGAAGAACGAAGAGAAGCCUCCGUUCUUACAGUGUCAUCCCACAGAGGAGCAUAAAGACUGUGUGGAAGAAGAGGAACCGAGUAAGAUGGAAAAACCAGCAGAGUUUUCCGACACGGACGACAGCGAAUGUUGGAGACCGAAAACAAAACUUGGGUCGGGUUCAAAUCCAGAAAGUGAUUCUGGCAGAAAUCCUUCCAGCUGCUCCAAUAACAAACCGUCGGAGUCUUUGCAACCUGAGAGCGACGACAGUGUCGACAGCGACUUCUGGAAGGACUACAGGAAGCCGCGGUUGAGCUCGAAGCCGCGGUUGAGCUCAAACCCGCAGAAACAAGAGCCUUUGGAGAAAGGAGUAAAAUAUGUGACGGACGUAAAACCACACAGCUGCCCACAGUGUGCCAAAGUCUUCCGCUAUAGCUCCCACCUGAAGAUCCACAUGAAUAAACACACAGAGAGUUACUUAUGUUCCAUCUGUGGACACAAAUCCACCUCCAGCUCGAACCUCAAGGUUCACAUAAGAACUCACACUAAAGAGAAGCCGUUCAGCUGCUUGGUUUGUGGGAAAAAAUACAAAACCAAGGAAAGCUUGCUGUCUCACAGCUACAAAUACCAUGCGGAAAGGAAGUACAAAUGCGACAAGUGUAAGAAAAGCUUUGCCUGGUUCACGGAGUUCAAAUACCAUAAGUGUGUUGGUGAGUCGUCAGGGGAGCAAACGCCCAAGGACACGAGCAUCAACCUGAAACGAUGCACGUCAUACAGCUGAAGUGACUCAUCUGCAGAAGUUGCUUCAAUGACUGUUUUUAUCUGUUUGAAAAAUUGUAUGUCAGUUAUUUCCUGAAGCUUCUUGAAACAGUGAGGUUUUUACUGAAAAAUAUUCUGAGAAAUGGUUAAUUUCUUAAGGAAGAGCUCAGUAGUGCCACCUUCUGACAAAAAUAAAUGAAGUUCAAGUUAAAGUGUCUUCUUGCAUCCUAUGGAGCUGCUUUAGUACCAGAAGCAGAUUUACAUGGAAAUCUGCUUCUACAACUGAAGACCAUUUUUACUGAAGAAAUUAUAAAUGUAUUUAUUUAAUAAUCUUCAGCUGUGCUGUAUGUGUGGUUUUUGAGAUUUGCAAAAAUCCAGAUACUAGGUCUUUUACUUUCAAACCUAAGAAUAAAUUUUAUUCAAGAAAAAUCAAUACUGCUUUGUAUCCCUUUGUAAAGGUUGUAGUGGGUCUGUUGUUAAAUAAAGCCACAUGGACGAUGCUAA